AUGGUUACUGAUACUAUUUGUUUUACUAGAGUUUCAUUUGAUGAUUCAAGAGAUUGUCUCACUUCCUCUACAACAGUAUAUAAACCAUCAUCAAUCUCGCGCAAAACUAUAAAUACAAGCCAUCUCUCUCUCUCUCUCUCUCUCUCUCUCUCUCUCUCCUUAGCCAUGUCACAAGCAACCUCAACAAGUACAAGUGCCUCCGCCGGAGCCUCGCCGGAAGACAUAUUCCGUCUUCCGGCCACCAUGAUGAUUCCCGGCGACUCAACGUCAUCGUCCGCGUCAACCCCCACUCAGGCCUUCCACUUCUCUUCUGGAAACCCUAGAAUCGAAGAGACCAGAGGCGUCAUGCACCUCUACCGCGACGACUUCGCACCAUCAUCGCCUUCUCAACUACCCGUUGGAAGGAAAACUCUUGUUUGUGUGCUAGGGGUGCCAAAUCACAUGACAUAUGCAGAUUUCUGUCAGUUUUGUGGUUCAUUCAUUCAGCAUAUAUUGGAAAUGCGAAUUGUCAGGAAUGAUGGAGUGGAGGAUAAGUAUAGUGUCCUGAUAAGGUUUGACGAUCAGAGCUCGACCGAUGCUUUCUACAAGCAUUUCAAUGGGAGACACUUUUCCUCUCUUGAGGUGGAGGCUUGUCGUGUACUUUUUACAUUUGAUGUGCAGUACACAGGUUCAAUUGAACAUGCACAGAGUACACCUGCAAGCUCAACAGAGCAGCCCUCAUGUGUAGUCUGUCUCGAGAGGUUGGACCAAGACACUAGUGGAGUUCUCACAACUAUCUGCAAUCAUUCUUUCCACUGCUCUUGUAUUUCUAAAUGGACAGAUUCUUCUUGCCCGGUAUGCCGAUAUUGCCAGCAGCAGCCUGAAAAGUCAAUUUGUUUUGUUUGCCAAACUUCUGAGAAUCUCUGGAUUUGUGUUCUUUGUGGUUUUGUUGGUUGUGGAAGGUAUAAAGAAGGACAUGCUAUAACACAUUGGAAAGAUACACAACACUGCUACUCUCUUGAAUUGGAUACUCAGCGCGUGUGGGAUUAUGUUGGAGACAACUAUGUCCACCGUUUGAUUCAAUCUAAAACCGAUGGGAAGUUGGUUGAGUUCAAUCAAUGUGCGCAUGUUGAUGACGGGUGUGGUAGUUGCAACUGCAGUGUUGAUCCUGGAUUUAGUGAAGCUCUCCUGAACAGUAAAGUUGAAUCUAUUAUAAGUGAGUACAAUGACCUUCUUACUACGCAACUUGAGAACCAAAAGAUAUAUUUCGAGACUUUAAUACGAGAGGUGGAAGAAGAAACUGAAAGGGAAAUAUCCGAAGCUAUUGAAAAGGCUGUCAGCGGCAGUCAGAAGCUCCAAAAGAUGCAAGCCAAGCUGGAUAGAUGUGUUAAAGAGAAGGGAUUUCUUGACGAGCUCAACGAGAAUCUAUUGAAAAACCAGGAGAUAUGGAAGGCAAAGAUGUUGGAAAUUGAAGCAAGGGAGAAGAAAGCUUUAAAAGUGAAGGAUAAUAAAGUACAGGAAUUAGAAGAACAGCUUAGAGAGUUGAUGGCGUGCUUAGAAACAGGGAAUACAGUUGAAGAGCUACCAAAAUUGGACGAAACAAAGGAUAGCAGUGUAUUACCAGUGCUAGAAGAGUCUGCCUUAAGAAGUAGCGAUGACGGCGACAAGAAGUAAACAUGAAACUGGCUAAAGGACUUGUGAUCCGGGAACGAUUUAAUGUAGUGUUUGGUUUGCUUGAUUGAAUUUGGGGAUGAUUGGAAUGGUCAGUCAUUGACUCCACUGUAAUGAACUAUCACGUUAAUUGGUUCGCUUGAUUCCAGUCAUUUCCAGCUUCAUUCCAGUGAACCAAGCCCCUUAGGUUCCUAGGGGUGGAUUUUUUCUUGUUCCAGCAUUAUGUGAAAUCAAAGAUGAUGGCGACCUUUUCGGCUUUAUCUAGAUUUGCUAGGCAUUGAUUUGUUUGUUCAGGUUAGUGAUAUGAUUGUGAUAUCUGGUGAACUUUAACCCUGAUCUGUUGUAAAGUUGAUUUGUAAAGUGCCAAGUCUAAAACUAGUGCCAAAUUCGGUUC